AGUAAACACCGACAAACCACACUGGCAUUCAUUAAGGCAAGGGUGAACUUUAUAAUGAAGGCAGAUUUAACAGAAAGGUUUAAAUGUGGUCUAGGACAAAAGUAUUUUUCAUGAAAAUCAGCAUCCAGGCCACUAGGUGUCAGACAAUCCAAUAUGUUGUGGUCCAUGCAACUAAUUUUGCUUCUGGGCUGCACAACUGCAACUAGUGGAAAUGAAAUCAGAGUGGUGAAUGGCAGCGAUUCUUGUUCUGGACGAGUGGAGGUUCUCUAUAAUGGGACAUGGGGAACAGUGUGUGAUGAUUACUGGGAUCUAUCAGACGCUGCAGUGGUGUGUAGAGAGAUGGACUGUGGAGAUGUUAUAGAGGCAAAAAGUGUUGCUUAUUUUGGACAAGGUUCAGGACAAAUAUGGAUGGAUGAUGUGAACUGUUUAGGGACUGAGUCUACUCUAAAGAGCUGCACAUUUAAUGGAUGGGGAAAACACAACUGUCAUCAUUAUGAGGACGCUGGAGUCAUCUGUCAGUCCCUUGUUAGGCUCGUAAAUGCUAUCAACAUUUGUUCGGGACGAGUGGAGGUUCUUCAUGAUGGUCAGUGGGGAACAGUGUGUGAUGAUGGCUGGGAUGUAUCAGAUGCUGCAGUGGUGUGUAGAGAGAUGGGCUGUGGAGAUGUUAUAGAAGCAAAAAGUGGUGCUUUUUUUGGACAAGGUUCAGGAUCAAUAUGGAUGGAUAAUGUACAAUGUACAGGAAGUGAACCUACACUGAAAAACUGUUCAUCAAUGGGAUGGGGUGUACACAACUGUGGGCAUCAACAAGAUGCUGGAGUCAUCUGUCAAUCCUAUGUGAGGUUAGUAAAUGGCAGCGACAAUUGUUCUGGACGAGUGGAGGUUCUUCAUGAUGGUCAGUGGGGAACAGUGUGUGACAAUGGCUGGGAUGUAUCAGAUGCUGCAGUGGUGUGUAGAGAGAUGGGCUGUGGAGAAGUUAUAGAGGCAAAGACUGGUGCUUAUUUUGGACAAGGAUCAGGACCAAUAUGGAUGCAAAACAUAAAUUGUUGCAGGAAUGAAUCUGCACUGAAGAACUGCAUUUUUAAUAGUUGGGGAGCACCCACAUGUGGACAUGAAAAAGAUGCUGGUGUUAUUUGUGGAGGUGUAGUACGACUGUCAAACAGUAACAGCUCUUGCUCUGGAAGAGUUGAGGUUCUUCAUAAUGGCAUUUGGGGAACAGUGUGUGAUAAUGGCUGGGAUGUAUCAGAUGCUGCAGUGGUGUGUAGAGAGAUGGGCUGUGGAGAUGUUAUAGAAGCAAAGACUGAAGCUUAUUUUGGACAGGGAUCAGGACCAGUAUGGAUGAGUAAUGUGAACUGUAAUGGAACAGAGUCUACACUGAAAAACUGUGUAAUAAGUACAAGGGUACAACAGAACUGUAGCCAUGAAAAAUAUGCUGGUGUUACAUGUGGAGGCAAGAUUCGAUUGCUGAAUGGCAGGGACCCUUGUUCUGGGAGAGUGGAGGUUCUUCAUGAUGGUCAGUGGGGAACAGUGUGUGAUGAUGGCUGGGAUCUAUCAGAUGCUGCAGUGGUGUGUAGAGAGAUGGGCUGUGGAGAUGUUAUAGAGGCAAAGACUGGUGCUUAUUUUGGACAAGGAUCAGGCCUAAUCUGGAUGGAUAAUGUGUACUGUUAUGGGAAUGAGUCUACUCUAAGUAGCUGUGGAUCACACGGAUGGGGAAUUAACUUAUGUGGGCAUCAGAAGGACUCUGGAGUCAUCUGUCAAUCUCAAGUAAGGUUGGUAAAUGGCAGCAACUCUUGUUCGGGACGAGUGGAGGUUCUUCAUGAUGGUCAGUGGGGAACAGUGUGUGAUGAUGGCUGGGAUCUAUCAGAUGCUGCAGUGGUGUGUAGAGAGAUGGGCUGUGGAGAUGUUAUGGAGGCAAAGACUGGUGCUUAUUUCGGACAGGGAUCAGGACCAAUAUGGAUGCAAGAUGUUAACUGUAGCAGGAAUGAGUCUACACUGAAGAACUGCAAAUAUACAAGAUGGGGUACAUCCAUGUGUCAGCACGAAAAAGAUGCUGGUGUUAUUUGUGGAGGUAUACUCCGACUGGCCAACAGUAAUGGCUCAUGUUCUGGUACAGUGGAGGUUCUUCAUGAUGGUCAGUGGGGAACAGUGUGUGAUGAUGGCUGGGAUCUAUCAGAUGCUGCAGUGGUGUGUAGAGAGAUGGGCUGUGGAGAUGUUAUAGAGGCAAAGACUGGUGCUUAUUUUGAUCAGGGAUCAGGACCAGUAUGGAUGAAUAAUUUAAUCUGUAAAGGAACAGAAUCUACACUGAAGAACUGUGUAUCAGAUGGAUGGGGAAUCCACAACUGUGGGCAUGAAAGGGAUGCUGGAGUUAUCUGUCAACGAAAUGGAUCCGUGUUUAUUUUGAGUCUUUAAUUAAAGAGCAAUAUCUUUGUCUCUUCAUCUGUUCAAGAGACCAGGCUGGUAAAUGGAAAUAAUUGUUCUGGACGAGUGGAGGUUCUUCAUGAUGGUCAGUGGGGAAGAGUGUGUGAUGAUGGCUGGGAUCUAUCAGAUGCUGCAGUGGUGUGUAGAGAGAUGGGCUGUGGGGAUGUUGUAGAGGAAAUGACUGGUGCUUAUUUUGGGCAGGGGACAGGAAUGAUAUUGCUCAGUGAUGUAAACUGUCAUGGGACAGAGUCUACACUGAGAAGCUGUUCAUCAAAUGGAUGGGGAAUACCCAGCUGUGGGCAUGAAAAAGAUGCUACUGUUGUCUGUCAUGAGAUUAGACUGGUGAAUAGUAAAAACCGGUGUUCUGGGAGAGUGGAGGUUCUCCACAAUGGUCAGUGGGGAACAGUGUGUAGUGAUGGCUGGGAUCUAUCAGAUGCUGAAGUGGUGUGUAAAGAGAUGGAUUGUGGAAAUGCUAUUGAGACAAAAAGCGCUGCUUAUUUUGGACAGGGAUCAGGACCAAUAUGGAUGGAUGAUGUAAACUGUCACGGGAGUGAAUCCAAACUAAUAAACUGUGGAUCAAAUGGAUGGGGAAUACACAACUGUGGGCAUGAAAAAGAUGUAGGAGUCAUUUGUGAAAAGAUCAGAAAAAAACAAGUGGUGAGACUUCAGUUUAAGGUUGAUCCUAACAUUGUCCCAAAUAUAAAUAUUAAAAAUAAUGAGAUUUUGGAUGAGAUCAGGCAGAAAUUAAAAGAAUUGGGAAAUGUUACCCUACAAUGGAAGAUGCAAUCUAAUGAAGAAGUGUUUCAGAGAAACAUAAAAAAGGAUACAAAUUCACCAAUAUGCAAGAAAUACGUAUAAACCCUUUGCUUAAUGCAUAUUUGUUUUCUGUGGAUAUGGUGUGUCCAAUGUGACAAAGUGGGAGACACUCAUUUAUAUAUAUACUCUAAGAUGUCUUUGUUUCUUUAUGUCUGUGCCUUUAUUGCAGUACUUUCACUAAAAGUAAACUGAAAAUUAAAAAUGCACUUAUUUUUAUUGUUGACUGCAUGUUAUUAAAUAACUGUGUUUGUAUUUUUCUUCAUUUAUAUGUCACUUUGGAGUGAGCUUUAAUGUAUCUAUUCAAAUGAAAAUAAA